AGUAGGGAAACCAUGGGGGUACCACAAUUUUGAAGACCAAAUUCCAACUUUCGGCAGCCACCCCGCAGCCCUUUGGGUUUCAGCAGCACCUCAUCUGCCCCGAGCGAACCGUGUUGACGCCAUGGGCGAUCUGAACCGACCACUGAUGGAAGCUGCAGCUGCGCUGGAUCUUCCAGUGAUCCAGGAUCUGUUGAAGCGAGGUGCAGAUGCGAGAUUCAUCGACGACCCCGAAGGCGUCUGGGGCAGCCGUGCCCGGAAGGGCCCAUUGCAUGUGGCGUUGAGACAGCAGCCGCAAAGGGACAAAACCGAGGAGCUGGCCAACUGGAUCUCCGUGGUGCGCACUUUGCUGGAAGCUAAGGCAGAUGUGAACGAGGUGAGCAUCAACUCUGACUGGAGAGGCUGUGGCAGCGAAGCCAGCGCCUUUGACAUGGCCAUGCCCUUUGCAGUGGAACAUGGCGACUUCCUGGAGUUGUUCCUGCAGCACGGAGCAGAUCCCAACACCAAGCGCUACCACGAGGUGCACUCCAUGCGCACGGAUGGCCGCACAGAGAUCCCAAUCCUCCAUGAGGCCGUGAAGGUCGGGCAGCUGGAGGCAGUGCGCACCCUGCUGGACCACGGGGCUGCCGUGGAUGCAUACGCCAAGGAGCAGUGCUUCAAUGAGAGAGGAUUCAAUCGCAACGAGGAAGAAACCGCCUUGCACCUCGCCGCGAUGAACGGCGACCUGGCGAUGUGCGCCUUGCUUCUGGCGCGUGGGGCCAAUGUCAAUGCCAUUUGCAAGCGCACGGAGCAUCACGCCAACCCCGUGGAGUCCCCCACAGACGACCCGCGCAGCGAGGGCUUUGUGUCCUCGGUGAUCUGCAAGGAGGUGGAGGAAACGGCGUUGCAUGUGGCCCUGCGUUCGAAACACUCGGAGCUGGUGACGCUGCUCCGCUGCUCCGGCGCCGAUGCGAUGCCGCUGCGCAGGGAUGGGGAAAGCACCAGCUGCGUGGAGCUCUGUGGAGAUGAUGAGACUUUGAUCCAAGCCCUACAGGCGGAGUGGAGCCCGGAGAAGCACCACCUCUUCCCGGCCGAGGUCCGGGAGAGUGUAAAAACCGCGCUGCUGAUUGCCCAAAGGCAGAAAUGGCCGGUCCCCGAAACGGUCCUCUUCAAAGUCUGCGCCAUGUUCGCGGCUCCGGAAGGGUCCGGAUGACCAGCUCAAGGUAUGCCCAAGAAGCUGCAUGUACAGUUUGCAGCUGGGGCCAGGUGGCUGAAGCUAAAAAGUUAGAGCUCUUUGGAGUCACGGAUUGCAGUGGGACCAGAAA